UUUUUUUUACCCGCCUCUUUCUCUCUCUUCUUUCUCUCUCUUCCAUCUUCAUUCAUUUUGUAUUGUAUGAUUGAGCUGACUCUCUUCAUCCAUCCUGCAAUUUCAGAUUUCAAAGUCAGAAAAUCUCUCCCAUGAUUUUAUUCAUAUAAUCAUCGAUUAAAAGUUUCAUCAGAUCCUCUAAUAACUUAAAUUUGCUCCUCUUUUCAAGCUGAAUCUGUCGUAAGAGGAAGAACAUGUCUGAAAUUUCUCCAUCGUGUGAUUUCUGCGACGAGAGAACAGCGGUUCUUUAUUGUCGUGCUGAUUCCGCCAGACUAUGUUUAUUCUGCGACCAACAAGUUCAUUCAGCAAACGCGCUUUCUCUAAAACAUGUCCGAUCUCAGAUCUGUGACAACUGCAGAUCUGAUUCCGUCGCCGUUCGAUGUAUUACUGAAAAUCUGGUGCUAUGCAGUGAAUGCGAUUCGGAUGCUCAUGGAAGUUCUACUGUUGGUAUUCACGAUCUUGAACGUAUACAGGGAUUCUCUGGUUGUCCUACAGCAACUAAAAUUGCUUCAGUUUGUGGAAUUGUUCUGAAACAUAACACGUCUAGUAAGAUUUCAACUUUAUCUAGAGAUUUUAAGGUAACGAAUUUUCAUGAUUUGAUGAUGAAAAGUGAUAACUCACAUGGCGCUAGUUCCCCUAGUGUUCCUUGCUUUGAGAUCCAGAUGACGCAGAACUCUGGAAAUAAGAGUUGUGGGAGAUAUAAAACUGUGUUCUUUAAACAGUUGGUUGAGUUAGCUAAUAGGGAAAUUGUGAGAUUUGAGGAAGAUGAGGUGGAGGUGGAGGAGGAGCUAGGUCCUGGAACACCAAGUGGAAGGGGCCAACCCGAAAUGAAUUUGGAUAUUUCCGAGUUUGAUAAUGGAGAGGAAGAGGAAAUGUUGCAGCAACAAACACCCUUUACAUCUUUGCUAAUGUUUUCUGAUCAUCCUGUUGAAUCAUCAAAGGAAGUUAACAAUCAUUGGACUUGCCACAACUCCCAUAAUAAGUAUCAGGCACCUCAGAUUUGGGAUUUUUGUUCACAAAAAUCAAGGAAUUGUGAUCAACCUGGAGACAUAGAAAUUAGAUGUGAUGCAAAUAAUUCUGGUUUUACCAUGAAUAACUAUAAUGACAUUAUGAAGGAAACCAAUUUGAUGACAAAUGCAUACGAAAUGAACUGUUUGUCUCAGUAUUUCAAAUCACCUUUGCAGAAGAAGGGUAUUGUUGAUGUGGGUCAGGAAUCAAACACUUUGAGCGAUGAUAAGUUUGUGUUUGGAGGAGCAUUGUCGUCGGAUUCAAAGAUGGUUGAAAUUGAAGCUGAUGAACAAUCUAAAACUGAUACAAAUAAUCUUAAUAUGGCAGAGAAAAAAGCUGGGUAUAGAGGUAAUGCCUUGUUAAGGUAUUUGGAGAAGAAGAAAAUGAGAAGAUUUGACAAACACAUUAGGUAUGAGUCGAGGAAGGCAAGAGCUGAUACUAGAAAAAGGGUUAAAGGUCGGUUUGUAAAAGCCCUUAAUGAUGAUGCUGAUGAAGAUGAUGAUGAUGAAAAGAGCUUAGUUUAUUAAUUAAUUUGCCCACAGAUAUAUAUAGCUGGAUGAUCUUAUUCAUUUCUCUUGUACAUAAAAACAAAAACAUCAAAAUAUGCUUUUUGUGUAAGUUUGUUUGAAUAUGGAGAAGAGAUAUGUUUUUCCUUGUGUACUUUGAUUUGAAUAAAACGAUGAUCUUUUCAUCAAGAUUUUGUUUCUGUGAACUAAAGGGAACCAUGAUUGAUUGUUUA